CAUUGAGGCUCUCUAAAAUGCAAGUCACCGAUUCUCUCUUGUUCAUCUACUUUCGUUUGUGCAUCAUCCCAACAUGGCCUCUAGUGGAAAGCUUGACGUAGAAGUUCACAUCAAGUCUUCUCCAGAAAAGUUCUGGGAUAGCAUUAGGAGCUCCACAACUCUCUUCCCCAAGGCCUUCCCUGACCAAUACAAGAGCAUUCAAGUACUUGAAGGCGAUGGCAAGGCUCCUGGUUCUAUUCGCCUCUUCAGUUAUGCUGAAGGUUCUCCGCUCGUUAAGGUAUCGAAGGAGAGGAUCGAUGCUGUAGAUGAAGCAACCAAGCACGUCGCUUACAGUGUGAUUGAUGGUGACCUUCUGAAAUACUACAAGACUUUCAAGGGCUUCAUAUCUGUUGGUUCAAAGGAAAAUGGUGAAAGCUUGGUGAAAUGGAGCUGUGAGUACGAGAAGGCGAGCGACGACGUUGAAGUCCCACAUGUGAUCAAGGAUUUUGUAGUAAAGAACUUCAAGGAGGUGGAUGAAUAUAUUCUGGAUCACAAGGCUUAGAAGCACCUAGCUCACCUCGAGUUAUAUAUAUAUAUAUGGGCAAAUGAAUAAUUUGACUACCAAUCCACUGGAUGGUUGGCCUCUUGCAAUUGUUUCCCAGAGAAGGAAAAUCAUGCUAAAUAAAUUAAAAUAAAAUAAUGUUUUAACCGCACACCAGUUCUUGUUGUGGGCUUAGGAGAUGGCUAUGGGUUGGGCUGUUCUGUUAACCCUGGAUGGGCUUUAUACUUAGAUGCCUUUUUAGACUUUUCAGGCAAUAUUUGCAUGUUGAAA